GUUGGAAAGCAUUAGGGAGACGAAGAGACUAUCCACUCCGUCCGAUGCGCACCCCUCCGACCUCCUUCUGGAGCACGCUUCCUUCCCCUGCAAGUUCCCGCCAUUUCUCUCCCCAACCCCACUCUGUCACCCCGCUCGAUUCCCCACUAUUAAUUUACUAAUUAAAUCAUCACAAACAAUCCUCUCCCAAACCCCUUCCAUUUACACCAAACCGCCCCCUUCGCGCCGCCGCCGCCGCCGCCGCCGACAUGCCUCGCCGCGGCGCGUCCUCCGCUUCCACCAGCCGCGGCCGCCGCCGCCCCCGCGAGGAGGAGGAGGAGGAGGAUGAGGAGGAGGUGGUGGGGGAUGUCGCCUCCGACGACUCCGCCGACUCCGACUUCGUCGCCGACACGGAGGAGGAAGAGGCGGCGGACGACGAGUACGACUACGCGUCCGAUGGGAAGGAUGGCGCGGGGCCCGCGGCUGCUGCUGCUGCUGCUCCUGCGGCGGUGGCCCCGCCGCCCCCGCAACCGAAGCGGCUGCAAGGGGGGAGGAAGAAGGGGGCGGGUGGCCACGGGAAGCUGCCCCUGCCGUGGGAGGAGUGGGAGGAGGCGAACGAGAAGUGGCUCGACGAGCGGGAGGCGGCGGCCAAGGGGGAGGAACCCCCGGACCCGGAGGUUCCCCCCGCCGUGGCCGCGGGGGUGCCCACGGCGGAGCCGGCCCCGGAGGUGCUGCUCCCGCUGCUGCGCUUCCAGAAGGAGUGGCUCGCGUGGGCGCUCGCGCAGGAGGCCUCCCCCUCGCGCGGUGGCAUCCUCGCUGACGAGAUGGGGAUGGGGAAGACCAUCCAGGGCAUCUCGCUCGUCAUCACCGCGCGCCGCCUCCGCCCCCCGGCACCGCCUCCUCGCCGCCGCGCCGCGUCGUCAUCUCAGGGCCAGCCGAAGCGUUGGGUGGGAUGCACGCUGGUGGUCUGCCCCGUGGUGGCCGUCAUACAGUGGGCGCAGGAGAUCGAGCGGCACACGGCCAAAGACAGCGUGCGCGUGCUGGUGUACCACGGCGGCCGGCGGGGUGCUCAGAAGUAUGAUUUCAACAAGUACGACUUCGUGAUCACCACCUACUCCACCAUCGAGGCGGACUACCGGAAGCACAUCAUGCCACCCAAGACUCGGUGCUGCUACUGUGAUAAAUUGUUUUACCCCAACAAGCUGAAGGUGCAUUUGAGGUAUUACUGUGGUCCUGAUGCUCAGCGAACCGAGAAGCAGGCCAAACAGGAGAGCCGGAAAUGGGGUAGCAAAAAGGGGACAUCGAAGAGGAGGGUCCAAAAGAAGAAAAAUGAUAGUGAUGGUGAGGAUUUUGAGGAACGUGAUGGGGGAUCGGGGAGCCAAUCAAGGGGUCAGUCACCUCUACACUCAGUGCGGUGGGAGCGUAUUAUUUUGGAUGAGGCUCACUUCAUAAAAGACAGACGUUGCAAUACAGCCAAGGCUAUUUUUGCAUUAGAAUCGGAAUACAAGUGGGCUCUGAGUGGGACACCUUUGCAGAAUCGUGUUGGAGAACUCUACUCGCUGAUCCGUUUUUUGCAAAUAUUUCCUUACUCGAACUAUUUCUGCAAGGACUGCAACUGCGAGAUACUAGAUACCCUUCUAAAGAAACAAUGUGAUUGUGGUCACUCAUCUGUCAGGCAUUUUUGCUGGUGGAACAAGUAUAUAUCAAAACCAAUACAAUUUGGAUCAGCAAGUUUUGAAGGCAAAAGAGCCAUGGUUCUUCUAAAGGAAAAGGUUCUGAAGGGCAUAGUGUUAAGGCGCACGAAAAAAGGAAGAGCUGCAGAUCUUGCCCUCCCGCCAAAGAUUGUGACCUUAAGGAGGGACUCUUUCGAUAAAAAUGAAAUGGAAUUCUACGAAGCUUUAUAUACUCAGAGUCGCACGCAAUUUGAUUCAUAUGUUGAUGCUGGGACGCUGAUGAACAACUAUGCACAUAUCUUUGACCUCCUAACAAGGUUGAGACAGGCUGUUGAUCAUCCAUAUCUUGUGGCAUUUUCUAAGACAGCAGAACUCAGUGACAGAAGUAAAAAUGAAGGAAAUGAGAACAUGGAAAGCCAGUGUGGUAUAUGCCAUGAUAUGACAGAAGAUGCUGUGGUUACCUCUUGUGAACAUGUAUUCUGCAAGAAUUGUUUGAUAGACUACUCUGCAACUUUGGGGAAUGUUUCAUGUCCAUCUUGUUCAGUGCCCCUUACUGUCGACCUAACAACACGAAGUUCUGGAGAAAAGGUCACUCCAAAUUUGAAGGGUGGCAAACGCUCAGGAAUAUUAAGCAGACUACAAAACCUUGCAGAUUUUAAGACAAGCACAAAAAUCGAUGCCUUGAGAGAAGAGAUAAGAAACAUGGUUGAGCAUGAUGGUUCCGCCAAAGGGAUUGUGUUCAGCCAGUUCACAUCAUUCUUGGAUUUGAUUGAAUUCUCCCUGCAGAAGUCUGGUAUCAAGUGCGUGCAACUUAAUGGCAAAAUGAACAUUGUUGAGAAGGGGAAAGCUAUAGAUACCUUCACCAAUGAUCCAGACUGCAGGAUUUUUCUGAUGAGCUUGAAAGCUGGAGGAGUAGCUCUCAAUCUCACUGUGGCAUCACAUGUUUUCUUGAUGGACCCUUGGUGGAAUCCUGCAGUCGAGAGUCAGGCCCAGGAUCGAAUCCACCGAAUUGGGCAGUUCAAGCCAAUCAGAAGCAUGAGGUUUGUGAUCAAGGACACCGUUGAGGAGCGUAUACUGCAGCUGCAAGAGAAGAAGCGACUGGUGUUUGAAGGCACCGUUGGCGACUCACCUGAGGCCAUGUCCAAGCUUACAGAGGCUGAUCUCAAGUUCUUGUUCCAGAACUGAUUCUCCCCCAAUAGGUGAUUACUCCCUGUGUAGGCGUAGCCUAGGAUUAGUUACUGACAUGUUAGGGGGGCCAUGACCAUGACAGAUUGACAGUGCGCGCCAGUUGUAAAGGUGCUCGCAUAGUCGCACUGCGGGUUCGCAUGUCCUCUUGGGUCUGUGGCUACAGAGGGGUGAAACCAGGGCGUCGCGUUCUUGUUGAAUCUUUGCAAGAACAAAAUACGGAGUAGCUGAUAGUUUGCCUUUUUUGAUAGAAAUAGGUUUCCGGUGCGCUAUUUAUUUUCAUCAGUAGUACGGUAUCA